CGGCGGAGAGGUAGUCACACCGGACCUGGCGCUGUCAUGGCUGCCUGACAACUGCUCGGUGCCUCCUAAGAGAGAACAGCCUGACUACAACAGCGGUGCCGUUAGAUUUUAAAUUAGAACUACUAGUAUGGCUGGAGAACAGAAGCCAUCGAGUAGCCUUCUGGAGCAGUUUAUUUUACUAGCAAAGGGCACGAAAGGCUCCGCUCUUCCGGCUCUUAUAAACCAAGUAUUGGAAGCUCCGGGAGUUUAUGUGUUCGGGGAGCUUUUAGAUUUACCCACAGUGCAAGAGCUUGCCGAUGGGCCACAUGCCGGCUACUUACAGCUUCUGAAUUUGUUUGCUUAUGGAACAUAUCCGGAUUAUGUUGCAAAUAAGGGCAGUCUACCUGAGCUAUCCGCAGCACAGAAGAACAAACUGAAACAUCUGACUAUCGUGAGCUUAGCAUCAAGGAUGAAGUGUAUUCCUUACUCUGUGCUGCUGAAGGAUUUGGAGAUGAGGAAUCUUAGAGAGCUAGAGGAUCUGAUCAUAGAAGCUGUUUACACGGACAUCAUUCAGGGCAAACUUGAUCAGCGAAACCAUGUGCUGGAAGUGGACUUCUGCAUUGGACGGGACAUUCCCAAGAAGGAUAUCAGCAGCAUUGUGAAAACUCUUCAGGAGUGGUGUGAUGGCUGUGAAGCUGUUCUAAUGGGAAUUGAACAGCAAGUUCUAAGAGCUAAUCAAUACAAGGAGAAUCAUAUUCGGACCCAGCAGCAGAUUGAAACAGAGGUGACAAAUAUAAAGAAGACUCUGAAAGCAACAGCCUCUUCAUCUGCUCAGGACACUGAUCAGCACCUGGCGGAACGGGAGGGUCCCCCUCUUGCUGAGCAGCGACAGCCCACCAAGAAGAUGUCUAAGGUUAAAGGUCUGGUGUCCAGUCGCCAUUAAUGGAGCCGAGAACAGGGAGGAGGCUCUGGGAGGCACAUGAUUGCUCCCAUUUUGUUUACAGACUAAACCAUCGGUUGCUAAUGUAUCAGCCUUUUCCCACCCAAGACCCUCAGAGACGCAAUCCGCUAGGAGGAACAGGGAACCCAUUAGCACUUACUGUGCUGUGACCCAGUUUGGUUUUGCGACUCCUUGUCCAUGCAGAACGGGACACGUUGCCUAACAAUUCACGGAUCCUCCUCCCUCCUAAAGAAGUUUGCUGAGAGUUACUUCCAUGCACGGCAAGAUCCUAUGCCAGUAAGAACAUUAUCAAAGCCACUGCUUGUUAGCCUGUGGUUACAAUGGCUGUAUUUUAGUAAUCUUUGAAGAUGUAAAAACAUCUAAACCACAAUGAGAACCAUUCUGUCCAAAAUUCUCUAUAAAAGCCCCUUUGCCUCUAGUAUUUUUUUCCUUUUUUUUCCCAUUUCGCCUUAAGAAUCUUAAAUAUCUUAAUUGUACGUGUUAUAUCAUUUCAUAUAUAGGAGGGAAUACAGCAUUACAAUCAAUGAGGUACCAUGUAAUACAAACACGGCACCAUUAUUAUACCUAAGAAUGGAAAAAAUAUUAAAAUCACUUUGCAAACUGAUGAAAGUUAUCGGGAGUAGGGAGGUAUAGGAACUAUGGUCGAUUUUGCAAGCGCUUGUUUGCUCUCAGGUGUCAAAAACUAAGGUGAGUUUGGUAAUGUUUAUAUCUCCAGUGGUCACUCUGGAGGUAGAAUAUGAGUUGAAAAGAAAAAAUAAACACAUUUGUAGCUUU